UGGGACAUACAAUAUGGCGGACGUUCCGGAGAAUGCUCCUGAACACUGCCCAGGAACGGGUAGUGAGCAGGCGGGGAAGGGGACUGCUUGUCAAGGAUGUCCAAACCAGAAUAUUUGUUCCUCCUCUAAACCUUUGGGACCAGAUCCAGCUGUGGAGGAAGUAAAGGAAAGAAUGACAACUGUCAAGCACAAGAUCUUGGUGCUAUCUGGUAAAGGUGGAGUUGGGAAAAGUACCUUUACAGCCCACCUGGCUCAUGGUCUGGCUGCUGAUGAAAGCAAACAGAUUGCAGUGUUGGAUGUUGAUAUCUGUGGCCCUUCUAUACCCAAAGUGAUGGGUCUUGAGGGUGAACAGGUUCACCAAAGUGGUUCAGGAUGGUCACCUGUGUAUGUAGAGGACAAUCUUGGUGUUAUGUCUGUGGGGUUCUUGCUAAGCAGCCCCACUGAUGCAGUUAUUUGGAGGGGACCCAAGAAAAAUGGUUUGAUCAAACAGUUUUUACGCGAUGUUGACUGGGGUGAUGUAGACUUCCUAGUGGUGGACACCCCUCCUGGCACCUCUGAUGAGCACCUGUCAAUUGUCCAGUAUUUGAGUAACACACAUGUUGAUGGAGCUAUUAUCAUAACCACUCCUCAGGAAGUCUCAUUGCUUGAUGUACGUAAGGAAAUUAAUUUUUGUAAAAAAGUGAAAAUGCCUGUGAUUGGAGUGGUGGAAAAUAUGAGUGGAUUUAUUUGUCCCAAUUGCAAGAAAGAGUCGCAGAUCUUUCCACCUACCACAGGAGGGGCACAGAAAAUGGCGGCUGAUAUGGAAGUACCCUUUCUUGGCAAAGUACCGCUGGAUCCCAGGAUUGGUCGCUGUUGUGACGAAGGAAAAUCAUUUCUAUCCGAAGUACCAGAAUCACCAGCUGCUAACGCUUACAAGCAGAUCAUUCAAAAAAUUUUAGACUAUUGUGACAAGAGAGUGGAACAAAACUGAAUGAAGUUCUGCAGAAUUUAUUAGAAAAUAUCUGAUGUUAGGCGACAGCUAUCAGAAGAAAAUGAUGCUCAAAUAAAAAUGAUUGCCAGCGAGGGUUUAAAGAUGAAAGAGAAUCUGGAGAAAAAGACGGCUGUGUUCAGUGAAAAGAAAACCCUUCGAGAAAGGAUCUCAAGACUACAGGGAACUGAAGGUGUCUUCUAAUGAUAACGAUUUGUUUCUUGGAGGAAGAACUUGAUCGAGUGCUUCAUUAACCACAAAUAUGUGAAAAAUUGUCUCGGUGGACAUGGCAUAAGCCCUUUCACAACCUACGGGCGACCAGUAUAAAAUAUCAACCAUGGAAUCUUGUUUACUUAAGUUUUACUAUCAAUUUCUCAGAACCAAAAUUAUGAGCUAUGAAUAGCAGACAAAAAGGAGAAUUCGUAUCUAGAUUUUGGAAAUAAAAGUUUGGGGUGAUUUUUUUCUAAUAUAUAGGCGCGAUGUUGUGCUUUUCAAGUUUUGUUGUAGCAAUGCAGGCUGGAAGGUAGACAGUUUAAGUCCAAUUUCCCUUUCUGGAGAAGCCACUAUUUUAUGCACCUGAAGAUGAAAAGCUGGUUCUUGUAAAAAUGUUAUUUUUCACCGAAUUUAAAGAGAAACAACAUGUCAGGAGUUUAUUUUGAUGGAGCUUGAGGGGCAAAAAGAGGCUUAUAACACUUGCAUCCAUAACUCAAAUUUGGGAAGAGGAAAUUACAGGUAACUUUGGUUAAAGCUACCAGCUGUCACACGUGGUGUCACGUCAGGUGUCACACCGUCCAGCUUGCUCAAAUUGUGUCACGCCCCUGACUGAUAUUUAAUGAGAAAUUUCAACGGAGCUCUUUCGUCACUCGGGCAAUGAGACUACAAAAAAUUAUGUCUUAGACGAUACUGUGUUGAAUAAUAAUUAUUGGACAGAUAGUCGAAGUAUGAAUAUGAAGAAAAACGAGAAAACAAAACAUUGUGUAUUUAAAAACAGAAUAAAAUGAUGCCGCAGGCUUUCAGUUUCACA